GUAAGGGAUCAGUGUACUAAAGACAAAAUCGAUGUUCACUUCUUACGGUAUCUUCUGCCACUUAGUUUGAUUAGUUUUUAAGUUAGAUAUGGUUUCUAAAACUGUGUGGCCACAAAUUGUGGACGACAAUCAAUAUUGCAGACUUGCAGUCAAGCUCAAGUUCAAAGUCUUGCUUGGCGACUUGCAGUAAUCCACCAAACAGUGAGUGGCACAUAGAGGCUGAAAGGGAGUGUCGCAGUAUCACAGUAUAGUUUCAAUGGCCAUACUAUUACUAGGGUUGCUAAUAGUGUUCCUCUCCACCGCUUUUCUUUGGUCUUGGUGGCGAGACAGAAGCUCUCUUAUAAAUUGGCCUGUUGUUGGGAUGAUUCCAGGGCUUUUCAGCAAUUUAUAUCACGCCCACGAUUUCCUCACAUCUCGUCUACUACAAAGUGAGGGCACAUUUCUGUUCAAAGGACCUUGGUUUAGUGGGAUGAACUUUCUUGUUACUGCUGAUCCUAUGAUCGUUCACCACACUCUGAGCAAGAACUUUGCUAACUACGUGAAAGGAGCUGAUUUCAAACAGAUUCUCGAAGUUCUUGGAGAUGGGAUUUUCAACGCUGACUCGGACAGUUGGAGAUUUCAGAGGAGAACAAUUCACUUUUUACUCAAACAACCUAGUUUUCAAAUGGCUGUGGAGAGAACUAUGAAGCUUAAGGUUUCAAAAGGCCUGUUCUCAGUUUUGGAUAACGCCUCAAAACUAGGAUGUGAGGUAGACAUUCAGGACGUGUUUCAGCGAUUCACUUUUGAUAGUAUAUGCAUGUUGGUUUUAAGCUUCGAUCCAGAAUGUCUUUCCGUCGAAUUCCCUAAUGUUCCUUUUGAGAAGGCUUUUGAUUGUAUCGAGGAGGUAAUAUUUUACCGAUACAUUGUGCCAAUAAGCAUAUGGAAGUUGCAAAGGUGGCUUCAAAUUGGGCAAGAGAGGACGAUGAGAAAAGCUUGGGAAACCUUUGAUUUUUUUGUGGAGCAAUGCCUUGCAAGAAAGAGAGAGCAAUUAGACCAAAGGAAAAAUACAGUGGAAAGUGAAAACUUCGACCUGUUAACAUACUUUUUGGUGGAAGAUGGAGGAGAAGAUGGCGUCUUUACAAAAUCAAACAAAUUUGUGAGAGACAUGACAUUUAAUCUUCUGUUAGCCGGGAGAGAUACUGUCGGUGCUGGUCUUGUCUGGCUCUUUUGGCUGGUUGCAGCACACCCAUUCGUAGAGCAAAAGAUUUUGGAGGAGAUCAGAGAGCAUUUAGGGGAAAAUACAGGUGAAAAGUGGAGGCUUUUUAAUGUUGAAGAGCUGAGCAAACUAGUUUAUCUGCAUGCAGUUGUGUGCGAGACACUUCGGCUAUAUCCACCUGUUCCUUUCGAGGUUAAAGUACCGGUUGAAUCAGACAUUCUUCCUGGUGGUCACCAUGUCAAUAGAGAUAUUAAGAUUCUUUACUCGUUAUACUCAAUGGGGAGGAUGGAAGACAUAUGGGGCAAAGAUUGUUUAAAAUUCAGGCCAGAGAGGUGGAUUUCAGAAGCAGGGAAAAUCAAACAAGUGCCCUCUUACAAGUUCACGGCAUUCAAUGCAGGACCCAGGACUUGUUUAGGUAAGGAAUUGGGAUUUGUGGAAAUGAAAUUAGUUGCUUCUGCUAUUAUAUGGAAUUAUUCCAUUAAAGUGGUUGAAGAUCAUCCUGUGAGUCCAAGUUUAUCUUUGAUACUCUAUAUGAAAGAUGGUCUCAAGGUUAGAGUUGCUAAAAGAAAUGCUACUUGAAAUGUUGGUGGUGACCCUGACUGGUAUUCAAUUCAAGAAUCAGUCUCGUGGUCAAUAAUAAUAAGAGUUUGCAUAAACUUCUUCUUCUGUAGUUCUGCUAUAUGCAUGCCCUACAAGUUUCUAAAUGUAUUCGGUUCUUCACCAAAUUAUAUAUAGAAAUCUCCUUUAUUAUGUUUCUAAGUUUA